CCUUUUCGCUUCUGAUUCUCCUUCGACACUCUAUCGUUUAGCUCACUCUUUAGAUUAUCCCUCGUUCCAAGUGGGAGAAGCUAGGCUAAGGCUUGCAAUUCACGCACACACACCGAAAAAAGAACCAGUCACACGACACAAUGGUCGGACGCCUUGCUGGGAAGAAUGCGAUCGUGACGGGCGCUGCAGGUGGCAUCGGCCUCGAAACCACCAUCCUUAUGCUCCGCGAGGGCGCCUCCGUCCUGAUGACUGACGUCAGCAGCCCCGGGCUCGAGAAGGCCCUGGCCAAGGUCCGCGAGGUCGUGCCCAGCCACGACGGCCGCGUCGAGACCCGCACCGUCGACGUCUCCAAGGAAGCCGACGUCGAAGCCGCCGUCGACCACCUCGACGCCUGGGGCGGCGUGGACGUCAUGUUCAACAACGCCGGCAUCAUGCACGCGCAGGACGGCGACGCCGAGCAGACACCCGAAAAUAUUUGGGAUCUGACCAUGAAUAUCAACGUCAAGGGAGUGUGGUUCGGCUGCAAGCAUGCUGUCAAGAGUCUGCGCAAGCACGGCAAGAAGAAGGGCAGUGUCAUCAACACGGCCAGUAUGGUGGCGCUCGUGGGUGCCGCGACGCCGCAGUUGGCCUAUACGGCGAGUAAGGGUGCGGUUUUGGCGAUGACGCGCGAGUUGGCGAUCGUGCAUGCUAGAGAAGGCUUUCGCUUUAACUCGCUGUGUCCCGCUCCGUUGAACACCCCCUUGUUGCAGGAUUGGCUCGGCGAUGAUAAGGAGAAGCGCUUCCGUCGUGAGGUCCACUUCCCCACCGGUCGCUUCGGUGAGGCCAUCGAACAGGCUCACGCUGUCAUCUUCCUGGCCAGCGAUGAGAGCAGCUUCGUCAACGCCGCCGACUUUGUGGUUGAUGGUGGUCUGACCAAGGCCUAUGUCACCCCCGAGGGUCCCGCCACCGAGGCGCCCAAGAACCAGGGUUCCUAAGAACGAGGCCAGCUUGCACUUCCGAGCUGGUCUUGCGGGGAGGAUGCUGCGAUGAUUCAUGACUAGUGUGUAUAAUUAGACUGAGCCGUGGACGGUUGGUUCCUUAAGCAAACGAUAUCCAG